UUUUCUAUUAUACAUUUCAACACUCGAAGCUUAAUAAGAAAUUUCGAUCAACUUAAUUUAUUGCUAAGAAAUCUUAAUAUGCCGUUCUCUGUGGUUGAUGUGUCAGAAACUUGGCUAACUGAUUGCACUGCAGAGCACGUAAAUAUCAGGGGAUAUAAUUUUGUCUCCAACCAUCGUAAAUCGAAAGCAGGCGGCGGAGUUGGAAUUUAUUCACCAAACGGCCUUGAAUACAAACUUCUCGAAGAAUGCAAAUAUUCAGAUCCAGAUGUAAUUGAGUCACUCUUCUUGGAAAUUAUUGUUCCCCACGGAAAAAAUUUUAUUGUUGGUUGCGUCUACAGACCACCAAAUCAAAAUGCUGCUAUGUUUACUGACAAAUUCAACAAUAUUCUCUCACUAAUUUCCAAAGGCAAUAAACACUGUUAUGUGAUGGGAGACUUUAACCUAGACCUUCUCCAAUACAAUCAUCAUGUUCCAACACAGGAAUUUAUUGACAGCUUAUUUUCACACGCCUUUCUUCCUCUCAUCUCCAAUCCAACACGCCUCACCUCAUACUCUGCGACGCUAAUUGACAACAUAUUCACCAACAACCUUGCCCCUAGUGUUUAUAGCGGCAUUAUUCUAAAUGAUUUAUCUGACCACUUACCCGUUUUU